GGAGGGCGCUGCCUCCCGCCUCCUCCACUCUCCGGCUGCUCCGCGCUGGCCCGGAAGCAGAUCCGCGCUGUCUCCUAGCAGCAGCCGGUGCAGGGAGGGAGCCGCCGCUACAGGGUGGUGGCUGCUGCCUGCGGCGCCUGCCCCAGCGCCUGAGUACACCAGAGACCAUGUGUGACUAAUGUUUUCAAGAUAGUUCCACUUAAUGAGGUUAUGGGAGAGAAGGAGCCAUGUCAGAAGAAGCUGUUGCUGAGACAAGCUUUUCUUUGAAGACAGCAGCUUCCCGGGUAUUUCAUCUUCCCCUUUCUUGGUACUAUUCUCUUAUCCAGAUAAAGCUUUCCCCUGGGUUAAAGAAGUUGUUUACAGUAACAGCAGUGAGUGCAAUAUCUGUUAUUUUUCUGGCCCAUCAUUUUAAAAGAAGACGUGGAAAGAAGAACAGGAAAGUGUCACCGUGGGAACCAGGUCAUAUAGUAUUAGAAUGUACCAAAGCAGCUGCAUCAGAAAAAGGUUCUAGUUGUUCCAGUAGCCGGCAAAACUUGACUCUUUCUCUGAGCUCUGCCAAGGAAAAAGGAUCUCAGUCUUGUAUCUAUGCAAAUGGAGGACUUUUCAGUAAAUACUCCGGUUCAGUUCAGAGUCUGGCCUCGGUCCAAAGUGCCACCUCUUGUCACAGUUGUGCUUGUGCCAAUUCCAAUUCCUGGGAUAAAGCAGAGGAGGAUGAUAUUAAGCUUGUCAAUAUUCCGGUGACCACACCUGAAAAUUUGUAUUUGAUGGGUAUGGAGCUUUUUGAGGAAGCACUGCGUCGAUGGGAGCAGGCAUUAACUUUCCGUAACAGGCAAGCGGAGGAUGAAGCAAGUUGUAGUUCCAUCAAGCUAGGAGCAGGAGAUGCAAUUGCAGAAGAAAAUGUAGAAGAUAUCAUUAGUGCUGAAUUCAUUCAUAAGCUUGAAUCCUUGCUUCAAAGAGCUUAUCGUCUUCAGGAGGAGUUUGAGGCCACCCUUGGGGCCUCUGAUCCUACUUCCCUAGCUAAUGAUAUUGAUAAGAAUACAGACAUUACUGUAAAGGAUAACACAGAUGAUUUCUGCCUUCGAGAUACAUUGAGCAUUGCAUCAACGGACUCCUUUGUUUCCACAGCUGAGCUUGCAGAGCACAGAGAGAUUCGUAAUACCUAUGGUCUAGAUUCGCUCUGCCAUUGUCCACUGUAUGAAGAAGCUAUGCACUUGGCAGAAGAAGGCAAAAUUUAUUCCCGAGUGUUAAGGACUGAAAUGUUUGAAUGUCUAGGAGACAGUGACUUUCUUGCUAAGCUUCAUUGUAUUCGACAAGCUUUUCAGAUAAUUCUUUCAGAAACAGCUAACAGAAUAUUUCUUGCUGAAAGUGGAAGGAAAAUUCUGUCUGCUUUAAUUGUGAAAGCACGAAAGAAUCCAAAGAAAUUUGAAGAUGUCUUUGAUGAAAUGAUAUACUUUUUGGAACAGACAGAUCACUGGGAUAAUACUGAAAUGGAACUUGCUGCUAGAGGGGUGAAAAACUUGAAUUUUUAUGAUGUUGUUUUGGACUUCAUAUUAAUGGAUUCCUUUGAAGAUUUAGAAAAUCCACCAAUAUCUAUACAGAAUGUAGUAAACAACCGCUGGCUAAAUUCCUCUUUUAAAGAAACAGCUGUGGCUUCAAGCUGUUGGUCAGUACUGAAGCAGAAAAGACAGCAAAUGAAGGUAUCUGAUGGAUUUUUUGCACAUUUCUAUGCUAUAUGUGAACAUAUCAGUCCUGUUUUGGCAUGGGGCUUUCUGGGCCCUAGAAACUCCCUUUAUGACCUAUGCUGCUUCUUCAAGGAUCAAGUGCUUUUCUUCCUGAAAGACAUUUUUGAUUUCGAAAAGGUGCGAUACUCAACUAUGGAGAGUUUGGCUGAAGAUCUUAUGCAAUUACUAAUCCGACGCACUGAACUUUUAAUGGCCUACCUUGGAGCAGAUUCUCUAAGACAUGUCAGUGCUUGUGUAAGUGGUCAUGGCCAUGUCAUGACCAGUGGGCUCUUAGAAGCGAAAGUACAGUAAGCUUAAAAUACAUGACAAAUGAAAUGGAGUGCAUAAUGGCUCACUCCUUCCCACGUUUCUUUCUAUAACCCCAACGCUAUCACUGUUCUUACUGAGCAAACAUCUGAAAGUGUCCCAUACUGCUAAAUAUGGAAAAGGACUCAGGGAGGUUAAAAAAUACAUCUAGGAAAAGAACUGGUGAGCAUAGUAUUGUAUAUAUCUAAAUUAAAUUUGCAGCUCAGCUGUCACUGUAUUUAUAUUUAAUGUAUCCCAAAGCUUUUUUCUGUAAUAUUUGGGUAAAGUUUAUUUAUGAAAUACUGUACUUUUGCCACAGGUAAUUUGUGAUUGAAGCUGAUGGAGUAGAUUCCUUUAAAGUCUUGUACUACAGAUGCUCAUUACAGUGUCUCAAAGUCAUUACGUGUUUAGAUCUAGAAGGUGUUUCAACUGGAGCAUAUGCAGUCUCUGAUUUAUGUGACACAUGUGCAAUAAAAUAAUUACACUCACAAAAUGAACAUGUUGCCACUGCCCUGAAAUUACAUCUGUGUGGGUGUAAGCUGUCAUUUUGUAUUACAGCAUUAGAGUAAUGGAGUAAAUAGAGGCAUUAUUUGGGCAGGUGACUUUCACUAUGCAUUUUUUUACUUUAUUUUGUUUAAAAAUACCUUAAAAUACCUAAUAAUCAUGAAAGUGUUCAUUUGAGACCACUGUUUCAUAUAUUUUAAAAACUAUGGUAGUUUCUUCACCUAAUUUAAAACUUUUCCUUUUUCUAAAACUCUUAAGACUUUAGAUGGUGCGUAUGAAUAAUACCAUUCUUGGUUCAAAUGUAGCAUUUAAAACUGUAUCUUUAAGUAUGGCUGUAUGAUGAGAUCUGUUAAUCAUGAAACAGAAUCAAAGGCACAGUGGGUUAUAAUUAAAAGUGUUUUAGUCUCACUGACUCCCUUGUAGGAAGUCAGUUGUCAAUUUAAAAGGAAGUGUAAGUAAUUGUGUCCAUCUAGAUGCACGUGCAAAACUGGCUAAGGAUAUGGAACCCUUAACUUUAGACAGGAGCACAGUACAGUAGCAAGGCAUAAGGGAACUGCAGCAAAGUUCAUUCUUUUUUUCCUAUGCUAGAGAUAACAAAUUAGGAUGUUUUAUAUAUCAUUGAAUUCCCAUAAACUGAAAUGAUGUUUCAUAGUUAGCUGUUAGCUUUUGAACUACAUUUCUUUAUGCUUUGCCACACAAAGCUAGCCCACAAAAAUCUGUGCUAUGUUAAAUAAAUAAUACAGAGUAAUUCUAAAUGUUGAGGUACUUCAGAAGCAUUUUGUUACAAAACUAGCAUGUGGAAACAAACUUGAAUUAGAUACAUUUCAGCUUUUGUUGCAAACAACCCAAAAUGACAGUUGAAAAGGAGGGUCUGUGUAAUUCCACAGACUUUAGUCAAGUCACCAUUUCACUCCUUUUGUCUUGCUCAUUUGAUAAAUGUAGAAACUAUGAAAAUGUGUCGUAUGACUUGUGUGAAAUGCCAAUUGAUUAUGGUUUAUAAAGAAGCAAGUAUACUUCCAUAUGUAAUAAAAUAGAAAUUGUAAAUGCUGCUGUUGACCUAUUUCCACCAUUCAAGCUGCUGAAAUUGGCACUAAGCUAUAUUUUUUUUCUUAGCAGAGUCUCUCUUCAAUACCAGAAUAUGAAGAUUUUUUCACACUUCUCACUUAGCUUAUCUCCUUAAUCUUACAGCUCAAAAAUAUACACAUUUCAUCAGCUUUUUGAAAGUCUGUGAAUGAAAUUAUAGGGAACAACAAGAUGUUUCAUUAGAUUUCAGAAUCAAUAAGAGCAGCUGGAAAUAACAGAGUAAACAGCAUAUUCCACAGCAGAGGUACUACCUGAGAGGGUGUAAAGUGUCAAAGGAAACUGUCUACCAUGAUUUGUCUGGUUUAAUAAAAGUAUACUAAGAAAAUUACCCCUUAACAUUCAUCACGGAAAAACAGUUUUUUGUUUUUGUUUUUUUUACAGAAGCAAAGGUAUAUUUAAAUGUUUUCCUGACUUUUUUAAAUUAUAGUAGGCAAUAUUUCCACAUUAUUCAUAAAUGUGCUCGAAGAAAGUGCAACCCAAACAUUAUUCGAUAGUGUUACUAUAUAAGAUUAUAAAUGUAGAAUUUCCAAACAAUUUAAUAGUUUGGUUUUCUGUCAAGAGUGAAAUGUAUUCCUUUAGAUCAUGACUGUUUCCGUGACAGUCAAAAGCCCAUAGAAUCGCAGCAAACAUCGGAUUCAUGUACUUGCCAUCCAAAAUGCUGUGAGAUGUCACCAAUAUGUUUCAUUCAGACUUUGACUUUUAAUUAUAUGAAUUUCCAAAACAUUUAAGGGAGAGAGAAAGAGAAACGUGCAGGAAUGUGUGGGUAGACUCUUGAAUUUUUCUGGGUCUUUUUGGACCUUUUCCUGAAAAGUGUUCAUAAAGUGUAAUAUUCUGUUCAUGCUAACUCAAAAACAGAAUUGUAAAUUUAAAUGGGAGAUGGUGAUUCCUUGUAACCCAGAAGGUGUAUAAAGACUUGAUAACCGACUACCUAGCUGAAGGAUUUCAAAAGUCUACCAUCUCUGAAAGCAGGAAUGCCAGAUUUGCACCAAAACAAUGAUAGUAUGAUGUAACGGUACUUCAGUAGUUAUAGCAUAUUUCAUAAUCAAAGUAAAAAUUUGGUUUAUAACUUUUGAAAUAAACCAUUUUGAGUGCCACUUUCCAUGCUAAUAACAGCAAGCUAAAUCUAAAAGCCAUCCUCUUCUGCUGUAACUGUACUCCUAAGAUCAGAAAUGAAUGGUGCAAGGAUUAAAUAUUUAUAUCAUUUGUAGUUUAGUUGUAAUAAUAUUACUUUUAAUGUGUUCUUAAUUACUAUUAUACUUCACUUUUGUAGUCUUUGGUUUCUAUCAAACUAAACAUGUCAAAUCAAGUGCUAGAGUAAGCAUAUUUGUGAACUUUCUAUUGCCUAAAUGAACUGCAGUUGUGUAUAUUAAAUAAAAUAAUUCAAUGAAAUGAA